UAUCAAACCCAUCAUCACAAUAAAGAUACCCACUGAGCACGAAAGCUUUUCCUCAUAUCACAAAACGAAGAUGGCAGAAGUAGCAGCAGGCGCAGGCGUUGCAAUAGCGGCGGAAGAAGUCGUGAGCCGCGGCGCAGAGGUCGGCUUAGCAGCAUACAUGAUUGCAAAGCCGACGAUGCCUUUGAAAGCAACCUACACCAGGAUAGCGACGGCUGACGAUGACCCAUCACGACGAUCACUCAGCCGUUCUAACCACACCCUGACCGUGAUAUCGAACAAAGCUUACAUUUUCGGCGGGGAGACUGAUCACGACGACGUUGCGAGCAACGACAUCCAUGCCAUCACCAUUGCGUCGACCGGGAAGCCGGACGUCGACUACAGCCUAAUCCCAGCCGUUCCUGUCGAGACUCCCACGACCACCACCGCCGCCGUGAACGACUCCAACGUGCCCCCAGCACGAACCAAGCACGCAGCAUGCGCAUUCAACGACUCACUCGCCAUCUACGGCGGAUUCUCUACCACAGGAGACCUCCUCCGCGAGGCCUCCACCAUCUGGCUCUUCCACCCCGCGCAAUCAGCCUGGAGCCAUCUCGACACCACCGACCUGCAAUUCGGACCCGGUCCGCGGAGCUCACCCAAACUCUUCGCGACCAAAACCACCCUCAUCAUCUACGGCGGAAAGGGACCCAACGGCGAAGACCUGUCAGACGUGUGGCGUAUCGACCCCCUCGAGCGGACCUGGGAACAGCUCCCCAACGCCCCUGUCUCGACGUCGAACGCCGCGUUCACAGAAGACGACGGCCAAUUGUACCUGAUAUCCGGCUCUGACCCCAUGAGCAGCUCGCUCCACCACAUCGACCUCUCCGUGCCCGUCGAGGACAUGAAAUGGGACACUUUCACGUUCCCGACGAACCCAGUGGCUCCUGGUCCCCAGCCUCGCCACGACGCGGGACUGCUUCCGAUCACGACGGGAUACGGCCGCAGGUAUCUCGUGUACUUCCUCGGUUCGAAGGAGAAGCCGAAAGAUGCUCUGCCUCCCCCGCCUGAGGACGACACGCACGACGUGACGCAGUGGAGCGACAUAUGGACGCUGCAGAUCCCGUCAAGCAGCCUGCAGCCACAGGCGAGCCUGAGCUUCAGCAAGGCGAUCAAGCCCGCGAAGAUCAAGGACGCGAUCAGGUCUGCGCUAGGCGUCGAAUCAGGCCAGCAUACUUGGGCAGAGGCCGUCGUCCAGCCGCCGCCUGACUUUGAGAUUCCGGAGGGUAAAGUGCAUCCGGGGCCAAGGGGGUUCUUUGGCGCUGACGUUGCGGGGGAUGGGUGUACGGUGGUUUUCUGGGGUGGGCAGGAUGCUAAGGGGGAGAGGGUCGGUGAUGGGUGGACGGUGAAGCUGGAGUGAAAUCUUUUCGCUGUCAUGUGGUUUGUGAUCGGGAAAGACGGAGGGAAUGUCUCAAAGGCGUUGAGGUGUUAUGGGUUUAGGAGGCUUAGUCCACAUCACAUUGUCACCAAGAAUUGCACACAUAAUGUAUUCCCGGGAAGACUUGAUUGCUACUAUGUAAAAGGAAGGUUGAAACUAAGGAAAAAAAGUGGCAAGUGCCAUAAUGAAGAAGAAGGAAUGUCCAAUUGAAUUGGUUUCCACAAUU